GCAAGAUGGCUGCUUCCUAGGCCGAGUAGGAGACCGGCUUAGGCUUCGGAGUUUAGCCAUUUUUCUCGCUACGACGUUUUCCGUUUCUGGUCAACGGGAACCCCAGCGCAUAUCUGGACUGAGCAAGCAAGAAAUGCUCCUGACUUAAACUCCUGGAACUGGCAAGCUUCAGGCGUAGCUGGAUCCGGAUCCUCUGCCUGGCUAUAAAGGGAGUAUACUGACGUCCCUCGCCCCUGCUGUACGCAGUCACACGGGAACCAUGGAAGGUCCGGAGCCCAGCAGCCCCACUGAGGAGGAGGAGGAGGAAGAGGAAGAGCAGUCAGCCGAGCCUCGGCCCCGUACCCGCUCCAACCCGGAGGGUGCCGAGGACAGGGCCCUGGGAGCCCAGGCCAACGUGGGCAGUCGCAGUGAGGGCGAGGGUGAAGCUGCCAGUGUGGAUGAUGGGACCCCCAACCCACCAGGUGCCGGCCCCAAGCCCUGGCAGGUGCCUCCGCCAGCCCCUGAGGUCCAGGUGCGGACGCCGAGGGUCAACUGUCCAGAGAAAGUGAUCAUCUGCCUCGACCUGUCCGAGGAAAUGUCCCUGCCAAAGCUGGGGUCCUUCAAUGGCUCCAAAACCAACGCCCUCAACGUCUCCCAGAAGAUGAUCGAGAUGUUCGUCCGGACCAAGCACAGGAUCUGCAAGAGCCACGAGUUCGCCCUGGUGGUGGUCAACGACGACACGGCCUGGUUGUCAGGCCUGACCUCUGACCCCCGAGAACUGUGCAGCUGCCUCUACGACCUGGAGACUGCCUCCUGCUCCACCUUCAACCUGGAAGGCCUCUUCAGCCUCAUCCAGCAGAAGACAGAGCUGCCAGUCACUGAGAACGUGCAGACGAUCCCGCCCCCGUAUGUGGUCCGCACCAUCCUGGUCUACAGCCGGCCCCCCUGCCAGCCCCAGUUCUCCCUGACAGAGCCCAUGAAGAAAAUGUUCCAGUGCCCCUACUUCUUCUUCGACGUGGUGUACAUCCACAAUGGCGGCGACGAGAAGGAGGAGGAGAUGAGCUGGAAGGACAUGUUUGCUUUCAUGGGUAGCUUGGAUACCAAGGGCACAAGUUACAAGUACGAGGUAGCACUGGCUGGGCCGGCCCUGGAGCUCCACAACUGCAUGGCCAAGCUGUUGGCACACCCACUGCAGCGGCCCUGCCAGAGCCACGCAUCCUACAGCCUGCUGGAGGAGGAGGCCGAGGGCACCGAGGUCGAAGCCACUGUCUGAGCCUGCCGGAGCCCUCAGCUUUCCUGUGUGGCCGGAAGCCAGAGUUCUCAAAUCGGCCUCUCUGGAACCCCGAGGGGGUUGGGGGAGGUGUUCCAGGAGGCUCCCAGGGCAUUUCAGGGGGUCCUAAGCUUUUGGGUACCCACCCUCCACAUUCCCCAACUGAUACCCCAUUCCCAGUUGAUGUCCACUGUAAGCUCUUGUUUCCCCACACAAUUUUAAAAAUUGAGAAUUUGGAA